AUGGCAGCAGCAACGGUCGACACGACUCUCGCCUCGGCCAACAGUCUGCUCGCCUACCACAGCUCUCUCAUCGACGGCAUUCGUCGUUCCCAACGGGAACAUCGACGCCAGCUCCAUUCUCUAUCGCCUUCCAUCUCCCAGCCUCUGCUUUCUCUUCCCCUGAUUCCGUCACCUUCGCCUUCACCACCGCCGUCUCCGACGAUCCAGCCUGUCUCACAGUCGCGUCAGAACAAGUACAGGGCGGAUCUACCUCCCGCUAAGCGUGCCAGAGUUGCGAGAUACAGGAACUACGUACCAGAGGAGGAGACUAUCCGUAAUGACUACUCGCAACGCUACGUCGAUGGCGGAGAAUGGCCGCAGAAUUGGGUGCUAGGCGCUGAACCCGAACAUCGUUUCGAAGAAUAUCCUAAGCAACAUCGCUUACUUGCUCUCAAAAAAUUGUCCGUUCAGUCACAUUCCUUACCCCCUUCCUAUCUACCCUUUACUGCGCUUUCUACGAUCCAACCAUGCAAGUUCGAUGUCAUUCUUCUUGACCCUCCUUUCUCUUCUUCGUUCACUUGGAACCAUCUUCAGGAGCUUCCAAUACCCUCUCUUGCGGCCGAUCCCAGUUUCGUCUUCCUGUGGAUUGGAAGUGGCGCCGGAGAUGGAUUGGAGCGAGGAAGAGAAGUCCUUGCGAAAUGGGGGUAUCGACGCUGUGAAGACGUCGUCUGGGUCCGGACGAACAAAAUGUCAAACAAAGGACCUGGCACUGAUCCACCGACGACUUCUCUACUUACGAGGACCAAGCAACAUUGUUUAAUCGGGAUACGAGGUACAGUGAGGAGAUCAACGGACAGCUGGUUUGUCCAUUGUAAUGUUGACACGGAUGUGAUCAUAUGGGAAGGUGAUCCAAAUGAUCCAACACGAAAACCACCUGAGAUGUAUACUCUUAUCGAGAAUUUCUGUCUUGGGACGCGACGUUUGGAAGUUUUCGGUAGACUGUCAUCACUGCGACGUCCCCUCUUCGUUGAAGGCGAAGAAGGCGGCAACGCGAUUUGGUGGGAGCGCGAAAGCUGGGAAAAUGGCGUCAAGGAGUUCGCUGGAGGGGGCAAAUUUGUGGUCCCUAUGACGUCUGAUAUUGACGCUCUCCGACCGAAAUCACCCGUGAGAGGCGGGAGCACGAACAACGGAAGUUCUGGAGGUGUUCCCCUCUCAGGUGGCACCCCGGCUGGAAUUGGCGGUGUGAAUAUGAUGAACGGAGUUCGAUUCAACAACGGGGUCAGACAGCCUGGGUUUAGUGGUAUGGAUAUGGGUGUUGGUAUGCCCAUGGGUAUGGGUAUCAACUCUCUUGGUAUGGGUGUGGGCGUCGAUGGUAUGAUGGGCGGUGGAUGGCCUGGGAUGCAGGUCAUGGGAAAUAUGGGGAUGACAGGGAUGGAAGGAAUGGGCGGUAUGUCUGGAAUGAACGGCAUGAACCCUGGCAUGAAUGGUAUGAAUGUACCCAUGAUGGAUCCUCAAGCUAUGCAAGGUAUGAAUGGGCAGGGCAUGGGUAUGGGUGGUAUGAUGAUGGGUGGACAGGGUGGCGGAUUUAUGCCUAUGUUCAACGGCAUGGGUGGUUGGGGAGAUGGCCAGUUUGGUAUGGAUGGCGGUAGCUGGGACGGUAGUGGAAUGAUGCCUGGUAUGGGUGGUAUGGGUAUGGGGCAAUGGACCAAUUACUAG